AUGGGUCGAACACCGACCACACCUACAGCUUCCGCCAGCAAUGGCAGCAGUGAGUAUGGACUUCGUCGCGUAAGCACAUCACGAGACAGUCGUCCAGGCAUGGACAGCAACGACAGACCUGGCAUCCUUCAUCGUUCUCGUUCGCACUUGACCGAGUAUCGGAGUGGCAUUUCCCACCUCUUUCACAGUAACAAUGGUCGGUCUGGGUCUCCUACUUCAUAUCCAACCCUAUCGUCCGCCACAAAGAUCGAAGAGGAGACCAACCCGAAAUACAAUCCAAAUCACUUCUACCCUGCCAAGAUCAACGAGUUACUCAAUGACCGGUACAAAAUCCUGACCAAGCUCGGCUACGGUAUGACAGCGACUGUCUGGCUUGCCCAAGACCUGAAAGCUACUACCGUCGAUCGCAAGUAUGUCACCGUCAAGAUCUCUAUCAAUACACUCACGAACGAGUACUUCACGGGACGUCGCCAAAUCUCAGAGAAGAUCGCAACUGCGAAUCCUAAGCAUCCAGGUUACCAACAUGUUCGCUUCUCCCUUGACUCAUUCAGAAUCAAAGGGUCUCGGCACGGAAUCGAGCGUCAUCCCGAGCAUCUUUGCGUGGUGUAUAAUGUCCUCCGCGAACCCAUUGAUAAGUGUAUGGAUGGUUUUGCAAAGCGCCGCUUCAAUGGUCGUCGGCUUCGCAUACUUCUUCCAGGAUUACUGCAAGGCCUCGACUACCUGCAUACCGAAUGCGGUGUCGUCCAUACCGAUCUGAAGGGCGACAACAUCAUGCUGGGCCUUGGCGGACAAAAGGUCUUGGAAGACUUCGUUCAAUACCAGGCUGACCACCCACUACCACGCAAAAUGCCGGACCACCACGGUCGAGUCAUCUACAAAUCCUCUAGCCAAUUUGGGGACGGAACCGUGAGCGACGAGAUCAUAAAGAGUGCUAAGAUCACAGACAUCGGUCUUGCCGAGUGGGGUGCCGAAGAAAACAAUAAGUCGAUCCAGUCCAAUGCCUUCACAUGUCCCGAAGUCAUCCUCACAGCCGGAUGGACUUACCCUGCAGACAUCUGGAACCUCGGUGUUAUGCUCUGGGAUCUGGUUGAAGAAGAGGGUCUCUUUGACUGCAUUCCGACUGAACCUGGAAGAUAUCAAUCUGGUACCCACCUCGGCGUCAUGAUUGGCCUUCUGGGUCCUCCACCCAAAGAGCUCUUGGAGCGUGGUUCUACGGCCGCAACUUACUUCAACGAUCAAGGCGAAUUUCGGAAGCCAGAACUCAUCAAGAAGCACAUCUCGUUUGAGAACACUGUGCGCAACCUGAAAGGCGAAGAGAAGGAGCUGUUCAUCGACUUUGCGAAGAAGAUGAUCUGCUGGCUUCCAGAGGAGCGAUGGACUGCUAAGCAGUUGCUCGAUCAUCCUUUCCUGACGAAGACCGAGUUCGCCAUGCCUGAUCCCGCACACGACGAGAAGGAAUCGCGCGACCUAAUUGAGCAAUUCGCUGUCAGCCGUCCACGUUCGAUGACUGUCACCCCACAGCCAGAGUCAAGUCCCUCUCCACCGAAUGGUAGUCCGCCAGCUCGAACUCCUAGUAGGACUCCCGAACCUUCCAUCAAGAGUCUGUCGAUCUCUGGCCGGACCAAUACAAGCAGUACCAUUGGCAGUAUCAAUGGCCUCGGCGGACAACCCCUGACGCGUACUACUAGCAAUUUGUCUACGUCAAGCGGUAACUACGACAGUGGAGGGCUGAUUGCAGGAAUCUUGAAUCGACCUGCAAAACAGAAGAGUGGUACAACCACUCCGUGCAUCGAGGAGGAGACACCAGAUUGCGAUUCACACCAGCUUCGCUGA